AGGGGCUUCUAGCAGUGGUUGUCGAGAAAGAAGCUAAUUGUUUUAUACUUCUACUCAUUUUUUUAAAAUAAAAAGUGCUUCAUUGUUUUUAAAUUGGAAGAAAAUUCUAUAAACGGAAGUUUGAAAUUAAAUUGUCACAUAAGUGGUCAAAGAGUCGGUCAGUGAUAAAUACUUUCCCACCCCACCCCUACACUAGGGAUAAAGAAAACUAUUGUUGCCUUGGAUUCAAGAUGGCGUCCUUGAAUGAACACAGUCGAGUGAGGGAAUUGUUUGAUUCUAUGACCUUGGGAGUAGUUCGAUCGCUAGAGAAGAAGCCUGGUGUAACAGAUGUGCGUCUACUGGAUAGGCAACCAGCAGAAAAACAUAUUAUAUUUACUUGGGAGCAGAAAAACAUGUGUAUCCUGCCGGAUGACUUGAAGAACUUUUUCCUCACAACAAAUGGACUGUUGAUUCAGUGGAGCAUUAAGUUUGAUGGAAGUGUUUUACCACUGGGAAAGAUGGAACUUAAUCCAGUGGCAGGGCUGGUGUUGCUUUCUAAAGCAACUUCCAUUAGUGACGACAAGCCUUCAUUAGCUGACUUAGAUUCAGAUUCAGACGAAGAGGAUGACCAAGGUCAUAUCAAGCCACACUUUGAUAAUCGCUGCAAGCUUUUUGAACUUGAUCCUUGUGAUGGAUAUGGUAAAGUCUGCCUGGUUUACAAAGACAUAAAAGCUGGGGUAACAACAAGCCAACCAGAGAUAUGGUUUCUUGAUCGUUCACUGGAAUGGUGGUAUCUUGCCUCGUGUUUCACGGAAUACUUUAGAAUGAUGAUAGUUCACCUUGGUCUUCCACUCUGGCAAUACCUUUUUACUGCAACAGGUCUCAGUCCAGAAACAAAGGUCAUCAAAAUGAAGGCAUCAAAGUUGGACCUAGGCAACUACAGUAAUAGGCUCAACAUCUGCUCUUCUCUCGAGUGUGGACUACAUUUCUGUCAGAGAAGAGAACCUUUGGGGGAGGAACGUGAGCUCCUUUCCCAACAGCAGCUACAAUGGUUCAAUCUUUAUGCACCAACAAGAUUAGCAAUUGAUAUGGCCAACAUGGAUCAACAACCCAAGCAAAAACCAAGUGCAACAGAAGGAAACCAGUCUACCACAAACAUUCCUUUUAAUGCGUUAGAUGUAAACAGACUCUUCAAGGGUAAAUCUGACAAAGGAAAGAGUAAGCAAUCACAAGUAAAGAAACCGCCAGCAGGAAAAACUCAAAACCCAAGCCAAGGUCGACCUGGGCAGGCUGGUCGAUCAGCACCAAGAUAACACCUCAAGAUCUGUGUAUGUUUGAUCAGGAGAAUUUAUUUUGCUGUUUCUCAAGCAGCUUUCACCACCGUGGAAUUAUGGAAAUAAUAUGAGCCUGGUAUGAAAGAUUACUACACAAGAGAACAUGUUGACUUCAAAUUGAAGGCAAAAAGGCAGACAAUGGCAUGCCAGUGACUCACUUGACUUCCGUAACCUGCAGCAAUGUUCUGUGUGUGGCUGGUUAAAGGAUUUGAAAUUAUCCAUCAAAUAGUUAUUGCAGUUUAAAGGUUGUGUUUAUGCAACACCAAGAAAAAGAGCAAGACUUCCAUAAAACUCAAGUCUCUGAGCAGCCAACAUUGUAAAAUCUACAUAAUUACAUGACAUCAUUCUGGACCAGUCAUUAAGUGCUAAAUUAUUAUAUCUACAUUCUACAGUGAAAGAAUUGUUCUACUAAAAAGGUACCACAACAUAAAACAAGCUCAUACAGCUGUAGUGACAUCAAACUCUUUCUUUAUUUUGCUUGGUUACUUCUAUAUAGUUAUGUAACUGGGGCAUUCAAGUAAUCACUGUUUUUGAAGCUAUUUUGAUACUGCCAAACUCCACCUUUUUGGAAAAUGAUAGAAAUAUUACACAUGUAUGGAUGUGUAAAAUCAUAUUACUGGUUAUUUUGUUAUUGACUACCUUCAGUAUUGUAACAUUGAGGUUUAAAGUACAAUUUAAGAAAUUACCAAACAAUUUAUCUUCCUUGCUCAAUGUGGUAUCUUUUGUUUUCCUGCAAGCUCCCA